AUGACUUCAGAUUUUGGUAAUCCAUUGAAAAAGUUCAAAUUGGUUUUUCUCGGUGAGCAGAGUGUUGGAAAAACAUCGUUAAUAACACGAUUCAUGUAUGACAGUUUUGAUAACACGUAUCAGGCUACUAUAGGAAUCGAUUUCUUGAGCAAAACUAUGUAUCUCGAAGAUAGAACGGUUCGGUUACAACUUUGGGACACUGCAGGUCAGGAACGUUUCCGAUCUUUGAUUCCAUCAUACAUCCGCGAUUCGACUGUCGCCGUUGUCGUAUAUGACAUCACAAGUUAG